GCCAGGGAGCCGGGAACGUACACACUCAGGCAGCUGUGUGCCGUGCUGGGCCGCGUGUGGUUUGUCCUCCCUCACAUUUACCCGCUGGUGCAGUACGACGUGUACUCCCAGGAGCCCCAGCUGCACGUGGAGCCGCUGGCGGAUAGGCUUUUGGCUGGUAUCCCUCAGAAGGUCAAGUUCACUGUCACUACCGGCCACUACACGGUAAAGCAAGGGGACAGCCUCCAGCUCAGCAACGUGGAAGCCAUGCUCAUCCUGGGUCAGGCGGAGAACAGAGCCGUGAUCUAUUCCAACUCGAGGGAAAAGUCUCGUGAUGCGUGGCUGCGGAUCCAGUCCUCCGACAAGGUCACCAGCAUCGGCCUGCCCGCCGCCCCCGCCUACCACGCCAUCGAGUUUGAGCUGGACGUCCUCUCCAUGCCCCCGGCCCCCACCACCACGGGGGAUGGUGAUGCGCUGGGGACGUCAGAGCCCCACGAGAAGCACAGGGACAGGCAGAAGGCUGGCCUGCACAUGGACUCCACCGAUCACAAGGUGUCCAUUGACUGCCCGUGGUCCAUCUACUCCACUGUCGUUGCACUGACGUUCAGUGUGCCCUUCAGGACCACACAUGCCCUGCUGUCUGCUGGAACCCGGAAGUAUGUUCAAGUUUGUGUGCAGAAUUUGUCAGAGCUGGACUUCCAGCUGUCAGACGGUGCCCUUGUAGAUACCGGUGCCGGCACCCACCUGCAGCUCGUGCCGUUGAACACGCAGUGCCAGCAGCGCAUCUACAGCAAGCAGUCGGUGUUCUUUGUCUGGGAGCUGAAGUGGGUGCAGGAGCCCCCCCCUUCUCUGCACUGCCGGUUCUCCGUUGGAUUUUCCCCGGCUUCUGAAGAACGGCUGUCUGUCUCCUUAAAGCCGUACACGUACGAAUUUCAAGUGGACAAUUUUUUUACGCUGUACACCGUGAGAGCCGAGAUAGCGCCCCCGGCGGGGAUGGAGCACUGUCGCACGGGCGCCCUGUGCUGCCUGGAGGUGUCCAUCACGCGGCUCUCGGGCCUCCUGGAGGUGGAUAAGGACGAGGCGCUGACCGAGUCCAACGAGUACUUUUCCACAAAGCUCAUGUAUGAAGUUGUCGACAACAGCAGCAACUGGGCGGUGUGUGGGAAGAGCUGCGGUGUCAUCUCCAUGCCGGUGGCCGCGCAGGCCACUCACAGAGUGCGCAUGGAGGUGAUGCCCCUCUUCGCCGGCUACCUGCCGCUGCCCGACGUGCGGCUGUUCAAGUACCUCCCCCAUCACUCUGCACACUCCUCGCAGCUGGACGCCGACAGCUGGAUCGAGAACGACACCCUGUCCGUGGACAAGCACGUGGACGACCAGCUGGACAGCAGCAGCGUCCAGAGGAGAGGCAGUGCGCACUCGGCCGCCGGCAGCGAGCACAGGGGCUUGCCCAUGCCCCGGCUCCAGGCGCUUCCCGCCGGCCAGGUCUUCAACGCCAGCACAGGCACCCAGGUCCUGGUGGUCCCCAGCCAGGACGACCACGUGCUGGAAGUCAGCGUCACAUGACCGCCCCUCAGGGAGCGGUGCAGGACUGACUGCGAGUGCACUUUAAGGGAUCGUGGCUGGACGGCUCCCGCCGGGACUUGGCGUGGAGACACCGCGGGUGGUCGGCGUGGUCCCAUUCUCGUUUCUGUGUUUGUGAUCCGAGGUUCGGCCCGGCCCUGGGCUGGCGACCCACUACAGCGCUUGCUCAGAGCCCGGCUCCCUCCUCCUCACCUGUCCGUCUCUCCACGAGGACCUCCCCUGUGCUGGCUGUGUCUGGACAUCCGUCUGUCUCAGUGGACCUUGCGGUCUCCUUGGUGACCCGUGGCUGCCUCCUGGUCAGGCUGCUGCCCAGUUCCUGGACCAAGGUGGACUCGUCCAUCUCUCAGAGGGAGGAUAGCGGCCUUUCCCCUUAUCAUCUCAUUGUGCCCCUUCCAGGGCGCGGGCUGGGGUGGGGGUGGGGAGGGGACAGAAGCCCUCUGUGCCUUGGGAUGGAGCCGGGCAGACCUGAGGCGCGGCUUGGAAGAGACCAGACCAGGGCGCGAGAACCGCUCGGCGGUGAGAGUUAGGGAGAGAUGCUUCCGGUACCCGUGUCCCCCAUGAUGUUGAUUGGAGAGCAUAUGCACUUGGAAUUAAAUAUAUAUUUAUUUUAAUGA